AUGGUGUGGGAUGGGGAUGAUGGGUUGGUUGGGUGGGGCUGGGGGGUUACAGUUGUUGAGGGGUCUCCGGCGGUUUCGUCGGAUGGGUUAGGGAAGAGUAAUGGGGGUGACACGUCUUUGGUGUCGCCUGUUCCUUAUGUUUUAAAUGGAGUUUUUAGGGGGAGGAAAAAUGGGGCUAUUGAGAAAGUUGUGGAGAGGAGGCAGAGGAAGACGAUUAAGAACCGAGAGUCUGCGGCUAGAUCACGCGCUCGGAAACAGGCCUAUACUAUGGAACUGGAAGCCGAAGUCUCGGAACUGAAACAGAAGAAUCAAAAACUGAAACGGAAACAGGUGAAAGCAUAUCUGAUUGUAUGAAUCAUUAUUUGUCACG